UACCUGAGAAAAAUCUCUUGGCUACCAUAGCCACUGUGUGGAUAAUUUUCAAGCUAACAUUUAUUUUUCUGCUCUCUGCUUCUUCCCUAAGAUUUUGAACUUUUCGUCUUGAAGCAAAGCUGCAAACAUGAAAAACUUUGAAUUACAGGCAAAGGCAUCUAUUCUGUUUCCUCAACCAAACUGGAAAAAUCAAUCUGGCACAAAAGGUAUCAAUGACUUCAUAUGCUGGAGAAGAAAAAGGAUGCAUUAUUUUGGUGGGAGUCAGAAAAUUUUAAAAGUAACCAGCCGUUCAUCAUGGCAGCCCUGCUUGUCUUCCCAGGAAAAUGUUUUCAAGCAAUUAGCAUUAAAGAACCCUGCUUUUAAUAAGGCUGUUCCUUACUACACAAGCUUUGUGACUAGUGUAACUUUGUGGGACAGAGGAGUUUACCACCAUGAUUGUAAGCACCACCAUAAGGGACCUUCAUUACCAUGCCCCAGGUUUACAGCUCAUAUGAAGAUCUCACCUGGUACUCGUGAGUCAACCUAUAUGCUUGGUACCACAUUCCAGGAUCUUCCUGUCAAAGAGAUUAAUCAAAACAGGGAAAUUAUUUCUACUCAGAGAUGCCCAUGGAAAAAAUCAGGCUCUUUUAGAAGAGGACAGAAACAGGUUUUUCAAACAAAAUUACCCAUAUACAGAGAAUAUAAAGUUCCAGAAUUACCUCCACCCAGCAGGGCUUCUAGUGAGGAAGAUCUAGCUCAUGCAGUUAUUCACCCACAUGCUCCAUCAAUGAGAAACCAAGAGAUGCCUCUGGCAGAAACUACUAGAUCAGCAGAAUUAAAAAAAGAACCUGAAGGUCCUAAACUCCUAGGAGAGAACACAGAAAUUAAUGAAGAUACUGGAUUAGAUGAGUUGGACAGGGUUCAAGACAGCACUGUUCCAUUGGUCUCUGAAAUAGAAUGUACUUCUUCAAACAUCAGUAGGCCAACUUCAAGUGUGAUUAGCAACCAGACUUCAUUCAGCUUUGAAAGAGAUACUAACUUGUCAGAUUUUUCUGGAAAGCUUUCUAGUGCUACCAUCAGCAGAAAGGGGAGCACACCUCUUUCUCGGCUUUGCCCUUCCUCCUUGUCCAUUUCUGCAAUGGCUUCCUCAGGCACAGAACUUGAAGCAGACAGUAGCAGCAGCCAAGUCUCUAACCAGUCUGCUCUACAGAAAGGCUCUCUUUUGGUGGCAAAUGGUUACUGCAACAAUAUUCUGAACCCCAGCCUGAACAGUUCCAGUUACCAUGGCACUGCAGACAAUCUCCAGGCUUCAUCAUAUUCUGUGAAAAAAUGCUCAGGGCAAACACCGUCUUUCGUAGAAAUUUGGCAUGACCGUCUCCUUCACCACUGGCCUGUUCUUCCACCGAUCUCCCCACAAAGAGCAUUUUCAGAUACUUCAUGUUAUGUCAGAUCUCAGGUAACCGAACUUACCAGUGGUAUGCAGGAGGCAUUUGAAGAACUUGAAGGAAUUAGUAUAUUUUCAGGCUCCUCUUUGUCCCAGCACAACAGAAGUGACUCCUUUGAUGAAACUAGCAUACAUCUAUCAGAAGCUUCCCAAAGAGCAGUGUCUUUGAGUAUUGGAUGUAUAAGUGAAGAUGAAUCUCUUACUGAAGUCAGAUUUUCCUUGUUGGAUCACCAGAACUGGGAAAAGGCAGAUCAAGACACUGGUAAUCAGAAUAAUAUGAAGGAAUGGGGCAAUGCCAUAGAAGACAUUUCAGCACUUAAGAUAAAAAAUAUUAUUGGAUUUACUGCCCUAGAUGCCAAUGGCUUCCUGCUUCAUCCUGCACCUGCCUUCUUGAAAGAAAACAAGACAUCAGAUACUUAUUCAAAUAAUGGAAUAGCUGAUCAGCAGAGUAUCUACACAAUGUCUGAUGGAAUAACAUCAGGAAAUACUCUGAAGAAUGAAGCAGUGCAGCCAAAUAAAGAUGGAGGAAUAAAAUCAUCUACAACUGGAGCCUCUUUGGUUAAAGGCCAUGGUUCAGCUUUUCAAUUAACAGACAGGAAUGAAACUGCACCCAAGAUGGAGAAUGAGGAAGCUCACUUUAUUGGGCAAACACGCAAGAUUCAGGAUUGUACAGGAUUGGAAGAAUCAGCUGAAGAUUCCCAUGAGGAAAGCUAUUGUAUUGGAGCUGAGAGGUGUAGAGACUCUCAAAGUCCUGCAAACAGAGAGAGCCAUUUUAAACUGGAUAAUGGCAGCUUGCAAGAAAUAGAACAACAGCAAAAAACAAAAGAAAGGCAAGCACAAGUCCUACACAUUUACUCAAAACUCCACGAGACUCAAGCCUCUGCACACCGAGCACCUGAGACCAUGACUAUCUCCAAAUUUGAGGAUUGUGAGUUUUUUGUGUCUGAGUUUGUUUUUUGGUUGAUUACUCAAGAGAUGUACAAAGAUCAAAAUGGGGGGAAAGAUAGUAGCCAUCUCUAAUUCUUGCAUGCAGUGUACUUUGUGAAGGACCAAUGCAUAGACACUUUUCACUGUGUUGUCAUCAUUUAGACAUUGGCACUUCUAUAACUGCUGUUAAUCAGAUGGGCAAGAAUGCACCUUGGACUGUUAUGUCUUCUGUAGUAGUGGAAACUAAAUUACACGUGGAAAAUAUCUUUAAAUAUCUAUAGUACACAAACAGGCUGCAGCUGCAUAUGUAAAAAGGCUGGAUUGCCGCAAUAUACUAGUAUGCGUAUUUGUGAAAUUUCUCAAAUGUGGGCUUUGUGUGUGUAACCAUUGCGUGUAUGAUAAACAUUCUACAUUGA